AGAGAGAGAGCCGAAAUCCAGGCAAACCGAGAUCUACACUCACGUCAGCAUGUACGGUCACAGUAUGAGGCAACGGUAAACCCGCCCACAAAACGUAUGCGUGGGAACAUGAGUUCCGGGAGGAGCCAGAGUGUAACUAGGUGACGUCUUGGCUGGAGACUACGUGUUGGGCAGUGGUGUUAGUCAUGGCGUGUGUGGAUGACAUGGUGAGAGAGGCGCGGGUGUGUUGCCAUGAAGGAAGAUGCAGGCAGGCGGAGAGGCUCUACUCGCAGGCCCUGGCAACACUUACACCUCCUCAGGACACACAGAAUGCAUUGAUAGCACAGCUGUACAACGAGCGAGGUGUGUGCCGCUACAAGCAAGUGUACUUUGAUGACGCAGUAGAAGACUACUCCCAGGCUCUGAAACUGGAUCCUUCCCUUGCUGCUGCCUAUUACAACAGAGCCACCAUAUAUUACAGACUCUUUGCAGCUUACCCCAAAGGAAGCCAUGAGAGAGAAGAUUGGGUGCUGAAAGCCAUGCGGGACUUCCAGGAGGCUCUGCGAUAUGACCCCAAUAACACUGAAUUCAAGGAAGGAUGGCAGAGCUGCAGGAAUGAGAUGGAAACAGCGUAAAGACAAGACUCUUCCAGGAAUGAAAAAUGAUGAUGAUGUUAAGGCUCUGAGUCUGGACGGCGUGCCGCUGGCCAAAUUGGUGAAGCUGCUCUACCUGCUGGACAACGGAGACAAGGAAACAGGAACAACCGAGCUGUACAAGCAGGAAAAUACAGCAGCUGCUCAGAAAGCUAAGGAGACAUUUCAGCAAAUCCUGAUAUCAAGAGAAUAUGGAUAUCGAGAAAUUGCUCAUUUGCUGCAAUGUCGUGCCAAAGAGUUGCUCAAACAUGAGAUCAUCACUCUCUCAGAAGGCAGCGUUGCAGCCACCUACAGUGUGAUGAAGAAGGAUGAGGACCUGUUGAUCCUAGCAGAAGGUUGCCAUUACUUGGGUAUUGAGUACCACCCAUCUUUCAAUGACAAAAUUGAGAAAGUUCAGAAAAAAAUGGAAUUGCAAGAUAACGAGAAAGAAGGAAACUUUUUUAUAUACGCAGAAAAUCUACUCAUGAAUCGCAUCUGUGAUUGCCUUACUGCAGAUUAUGUAUAUAAGUUGUUUUAUCUCUUCAUGAAUGCAUAUGACUGCAAACUUGAACUGCAAGUGAACUCAGACUUGAUCAAGCAAGAUACAUUUGAGUAUGAAGGUGUUAAGGAAGCCUUAUUUUUCUUUAUAAUAAGAGUAAUGGAGGAUCAGAACUUGCUGAACCGCAUUUACACCGACAGACUUAGGGAGUUCUUUAAAGAAAUGCUUAAGGAAGCAGGAAAAGAUGAGACUCUGUCCAUGGUAAUCCGCACAUUGAAGAAUUACCCUGAGGAGUGCCAGCCAGCAGGCCUGUGUAUUGUUUUCUGUGUCACUGAAGGUAGAGAAGGUGCUGAUAGUGAAAUUGCAAAGAUACAGAGUGUCUUUGAAGAUCUUUUCAAGUUUACUGUCAUGAUUGAAAGAAAUCCAGAUUGCAGCACUUUUGAGAGAUACAAGAAAGAACUGGUGAAAACCAAGUAUAGAUUCUAUGAUUCUUUGGUCAUUUGGUUUGUAUCUCAUGGAGAUGAAACAAAUCUCAUACUUGCCGGUAAAGAAAAUUACAAUAGAGAGAAGUUUAUUGAUGACUUUUCCAUGUUUAGUAACUUCAGCAAGAAACCCAAGAUUUUCUUUAUGGCGACAUGUCGAGGAAGUAAACCCAUCCGCACUGAUAUGUCAGGAGUGGGGACCAGCUCUGACUAUCUGAACACAUCCCAAGAUGGCCUGACAGGCAACAGAGUGAAUGUUCCUGUAGCCAUGCGUGUCCCAGAAAACGUCCUGGACAUCUCUACGAUCUACUACCAGAUGGACCGUCUUGUUGCUUAUGCCACUCUUCCUUCCAACAUUUCCUUCAGGCUCAAAGACGAAGGUUCAGUGUUUGUGGACACGGUUUGCUUCCUCCUGGAAGAAAACCAAGGAGAAAACAUAACCGAGGUGCUGGAAGGAGUCUCUCGCCUCAUUCACCAAAUCGUCUUCAAGAGUGAGGAAAAUAAAUUUGAUGGGGAGUCCAAGCAGGCAUGUUUUUUUGAAAGUACUUUCCAGAAGACCUUCCUUGUCCCUAAGGUAUAGAACACUUUCUCAGUCUGCUUCAGCAUGAAUUCUUUCUUGUAAGCAUUUGAGAGUUUGCCAAGCAGUCCAAGGUAUACAAAAAUUAUGUUUAUGUGCAGAAAAAUUUGCAAUACUGUUUUAAUUAACAUUUAAAACAAAAUUGACUGAUUGUGUAUGUAAUUUGUUAAAGUUUUAUUAGUAUUUAAAAGUGAGAUGGUUUGAUUUUUAUUUAAUAUGAAAGUAUUGUUAGUUGGCACACCAUGGAGUACAUGAAAUGAUGCCAUACAAAGCCCAGUGAAGCCCAUUGAGUGAUUCAUACACAUGUGGCACCUGCCUCUUAUUUUAUUUGUGAUCUUGAUGAUGGAUGCUGACUUUCCUGUUUUUAUCAUAUUUAAUAUUUACCAUCUCACCUUUAUAUUAUGUUUUGAUCAUGAUUAUUAUGUCUGCUAUUAAGAUUAUCUUUUGAUCUUGAAGUUGAUUUUUAUGAUACAUUGCUCAGAUCUGAGCAGGAUUGGAUUAAUAUUAAAUACUCCCAGUGUGUGUGUGUGUGUGUGUGUGUGUGUGUGUGUGUGAUUCACCAUAUUUUUGAGGGUCAUGUGCUGAACUUCUGAUUUCCAGCCGUGUCCUCCCAGUGAGAGGUUAGUGUGUGACCAUGCAAUAGCGGUAGCAGAGUUCUAUUUAGUAUGAGGAGGCAGUAAUGAUGGUGGAAAGUCAUAAGAGACUUUUUGUGCCAAGCACCUUCAGGGAGACAGUGCACUUAUGAACUAUGCGAGUGAGUGGAGGGGAUUAGUAUUAGUUGGUGGAUUGUGUGGGUGUGAUGAUAACAGUAGGAGGUGGACUGUGUGGAUGUGAUGAUAACAGUAGGAGGUGGAGUAUGUGGGUGAAUGGUGAUGGUUAGCACUAGGAGGUGGAGUGAUUAACAGUAGGAGGUGGAGUGUGUGAGCGACAGGUGAUGGUUGGCAGUAAGCACCACUAGGAUAUGAAUUUUACUGACUGGUGGUAAUGAGUGAUGGUGGACAGAUGUAGAUUAUAAAGUUUGGUAAUGGAGGUAUACUCAGAAGUCAUGUUGGUUACGAGGUGACUGUGUGUCUUCAUGAUUCAUUUAAUUUUGGUUUCAGAUCUUUGUUUAGAAGAAUAUUUUGAGUGUAACUUGAAGGGGUUUGGUCUUAAGUAAAAAAAAAAAAGAAAAAGAGUGAAAAUGAGGUUGUGAAGAGGUGGAUAAACAGAAUGGAUAAGUGUUGGAGGGAGAGAAAUGAUAUAUUGAAGGAGGGACAUAUUGAGACUCUAAAACUGGUCAGCCUUGUAAAGGAAAAUGACAUUAAAUGAAAUAGUGAUGGUGAUAAUGAGGGAAUGCCAGAACAGUGGAAGAUAGGGACUUUUCUGUCAUGGCCAACUUCUUGAGGGAAGCUCAUGGAGGGGACAAAGAAUCAGAGAUGUAGAUAUAUAUGUGGAUUUAGAAACUCAGCAUCAUUCUCAGGAGGAAUUGCACCACCUUAAUUUCAGUCAAUCAAUCAAUCAUUCUCAGGAGGAAUGAGUUGGGUGUUAACUUAGCAUAGUAAACCCUGAAAUAAAUUUAAAGAUCAGAGGUAUAAGUUUGUUCGGUUUAGUUCUGAUUCAUGCAGGCUUACGGUGUUGAGUUGUUGUGGCCUAGUGUUGUAUUGAAGGAAGAUGAGGGUGUUUGUCUGCUUCAGGUGAAAGCCAUGGGUUGAGUUACAUGUUUUCAUUAUAUGUAGAUCAAAGUUAUAUUAGAUGCAGGGUGUGGCUUACAAAUGUUCAUUUUGUGAAUUGUUAAAGUUCUAAGUAAGAUCAUUUUGACCCUUGUCAUGAUUUACAAAUGUAGGAUUCACAUUUGCAAGAACAGAAGGAAAGAAAAUGUCUUGAAAAUAUUGAAAAAUGCAUUAAUUGGGAAAAAUACUAAAUCUUUGGUUGAUUACAAUGUAUAAACAUUUGAUAGAUGAAUUUCUUUAAUAACUCAACUCUAUUGGCGUUGAGAAGUUGGCUAAGUAUUGCAGAAGAAGGAAGGGGUGCUGGUGGGUGGGUCUGCCCUGGGUACCAAACACUAGGAUUGUCCCUUAUAGACUGCCAUAUUGAUUAUCCUACAACAGCCUGUUCAAGCCUGGGAUAUUAACUCUUCCUGAUGUGAUAGUACUGGUAGCAUUAAUUUCCAUUGGCUUCUACUUUAUUUCUCUCUCUCUCUCUCUCUCUCUCUCUCUCUCUCUCUCUCUCUCUCUCUCUCUCUCUCUCUCUCUCUCUCUCUCUCUCUCUCUCUCUCUCUCUCUCUCUCUCUCUCUCUCUCUCUCUCUCUCUCUCUCUCUCUCUCUCUCUCUCUCUCUCUCUCUCUCUCUCCUUCCUUCAGAUUUAUGUUUACUUAUAUUCUCAGUAAUUGUGCUCAAUUGAAAACAUUAAUGCAUUCAAUGAUCUUGCUGAUUACAAACUCAUAGAAUUAUUUGUUUUAUUUUUGUAUGUUGGGCUGUUCUCUCUAUUUGCUCUCUGUAAGGCAUGUAGCCCAUUCCAAAAAUUAAUCUUAUUAGAAGUUAUGUGUCAUUUAUGUAUUGUUUACCUGUGAUUUAUGUUAUCAUUUGCAUAUGUUAGGUUGUCCUCUUUUCUCCCAUUAUCAGUGCUGAUCCUGAUAAAAAUUUGUGUUAUUAGAAGUUGUGAGUCAAUCCUACACUAUUCUCUAACUUGAUUAUGUUCCUAUUUACUUGUGCCAUGUAUGAUGGGUUGUUCCUCCAGUCCCAGUAAGACAUGCCAGUCCUGACAGAACUGGGUGUUGUUAUCAAGAGUUACAAGUCACUACAGAGAGGAAGUGUGACAAAAGUGCAGUGUAAUGAAGUGGUAUGCUGUCUGAACCAGUUGUGAUCUGAGUGAGACGUGAUGUUCUUGUGUUGCUGCGCUGGUCAUGGUUGUGGUCAUUUUUUUAUUUCUGUGCUGGCAGUAAGAGAUUCCAUAAUGUGGGCCUUUGUUAUUCAGUGCUAUAUAAUUCACACAAAUGCUAAUAUUAGUUUAAGUUAGUCUGUAAUGAUAUUAUGUACUAAUGUAUUGUAGUAGUUGUUCUUUUAAGUUUAGCAUUUUUCAUUUUAUGUCAAGAGUUUAUUGUAUUUUAUUGUAUUUCAUUCAUGUAUUUUAGCAGUUUAUCCCUUAGGAUGAAAGGUAGACUGCGAUAGCAAGUACACACACACACGCACGCGCGCAUGCGCGCACAGAUGGGCUGGGUUGUUGGCCUUCUGUUUCGGCAAGCUCACGCACACACCCGUACAAGAGGGCAGGAUGGCUAGCCUCCUGCCUUUGUUGGGCUGCAAGGUCACUUUUUUUGGCUUAAAUUCCCUACCUUUCCUCUCAGCUGUGAGCCAAGCCUACUGACUCCUACAGCACCAGCCCGCUAUAGAGAAUUAUUGCCAUAUGUAGAUAGUCGUUAUUAAUUCAAAUAUGUCAAAUGUCUAUGAAAAUAAGAGUUUUUAACAUUUUAUAUUUCCAAAGAGAGAGUAUACAUACAUAGUAAGUAUAUAUUUUCCAAAGUGCAGUGAAUCUCAAAAGCUGCAAUAGUUGUGUAUUAGUGUGCUACAGGUACUGUAUCCUUCUCAUCACAUAGGUGUAGCUCUGUAUGUCAGGUGGUGGAGCUGGAGCAGUACCUCACCAUAGCUUCCCUGCACAGUAUUUCAAAAGGGGUGGAGGGGUGCCCCCGUACAACCUGCUGACCCCCUUAGUGCAGAGACACACUUGCUGUGCUUUAAAGCCUGUAUUUCCAAACACUUUUCUCAUCAGGAUUGUUUUCAAGGACACAGAGAUGAUUACUUGGCUUCUCAAGGGUUUUCUCUUGUACUGACAGUGCAGAAACCUUGUUAAAUCAUUAGAAUCAUGAGAACACCCUUGAAAACUCAGUUACUUCCACUAGAGUCUAUGAAAAGUAGUCAGGAUGCAAAAGUGUUUGAGAAUAUGGCACAGAGUUGGUACCUUAACAGUUUUGCAAUACCUGGUGAGAGAGGAUACAUGUGGCAUAUGUGAUAUAGAAGAGUCAAGAGUCAUGAUAUACAUAGGUUUUGUUACUUUUGCAAUUAAAAGACACAUUGUUGGUGUUGUGCUCAAGUUAUGUUUGUUACCAGUCAGGAUUCCUUGCAUACUAUACCCUCCAGUCAGUGUGUGGUCCUUUGAGUUCAUUGUAUUCCAGUUACAAGUUUGUUCUAGAGUAUGUACACAUCCUCAGUCAUUGUAUGGAGUAUGAGAUUACUGUACCACAGGCAAUAAUUCAUUCUGGAACCUUUGCACACCAUCUAGUCUGUGCAUGAAACACUGAAAUAAUAUGUAAUGUCUUCAUACAGUACACCCUCAGAGGUUCUUCCAUGAAUAUUUCCCUCUAAACAAAUUCUUCCACAAGUUCCCCAAAAUUUUACCUAACUAAACAUCACCAGACUGAACUUAACCUUCCUUACCUAACAAACCUAACAAUCUUGCUUGACCUAACAACCUAGGAUAACAUAACCUAACUUAGCCUUACACAACUUAGCCAUACUAACCUAGCAACCUAACCUUACCAAAUACAUAACCUAGCAUAACUUCACCUGACCUAACUUACCCUGCCAUAUCCUUACCCAAACUAACCUAACCUCACCAGAAUGAACAUAACCUUUCUUACCUGACCCAACGUAACCUAACCUAACCUAACAACUUACCAAAACAUAACCUAACUUACUCUUUCCCAAAUUAACCUAACAUAACCUUACCCAAUGUACCCUGUCCUAUCCUUACCCAAACUAACCCAACAAUCUAACCUUACCUAAGCUUACCUAACCUGCUGCAACUUCACCUGACCUAACUUAAUGUAAUUCAUCAUGGAGGGAAAUUAUUUAGAGAGAAACCAAAUGGAGAAAAUAAUAUACCCUUUGAAUGAAUUAGUUUUAUAAUUAAUUAUCAUUUUCCUUUAGUUAUCGUUCUUUGUUUUCACAGGUAGCACAAGUAAGUUUGUAGUUAGAUUUUUUUUUUAUAUUAUUAUUAUUGGCUUCCCAGUUGAAAAUUAAAAAUAUUGGUACUCGAUUAAAUCUUUGCUAAUUUGUCUAUUUUAUAUUGGCGUGCUGGUAGAGAAACGGAAGUAGUUACAUUUAUGAGUUUUCUUAAUUUAAUCCAUUAUAAUUAAUCCAUUUUGUAUUGGUCUGCUGAUAGAAAAUUUAAAAUAUUGGCGCAUUACGAGUACUCUUGAUUAAAUCUUUGGUAAUUUGUCUAUUUUGUAUUGGCUUGCUAGUGAGUACUCGUAAUUCAGUCUUUGGUAAUAUUUAUUUUGUACCGGCGUGCUGUUAGAAAAGUGAAAAUAUUUACUCUGAGUACUCGUCACUAAUUUUUUCCACACCAAUGAUUUCCGCAAGCCAUCAACCUGUACCUGUGUGAGGUAAUAACGUGCACUUGUGAUUAUAUCUUACGUGCAAUAUUGAAUAAAAUGCCAUGAUAUUAA